GUUUGUGGAUGAAAGCAGAUCAGCCAAUAAUGAGGGGAUGCUCUACUCCCUUUCUCAAUCUAAACUCUCUGACUGUUAACGAGAUUCCUCCGCCGGGGCCUGGCUCGCUACUUCUGGCUCCAAAUCUCGAGUUCCUUAAACUAUCUUAUGGUGUGGACUGGGAAGUGCCAAGGCCAACUCACGGUCUGGAAUAUAUGCUUAGUCCAGGUGGUAUUUUGGGGCCAAUUCGCGCAUUGAAAGGACUGUAUUUAUCGAGAAUACCCUUGUCGAACGGUGCUCAAGCAAACUAUUGCACUUAUUACCUCGGCUUUCAUCCGACUAUCGAGUCUUUGCACUUAUCGGGUUACGAACUUCCGAAAGAUUUCCUUGAGCUUAUGCUCCAGCCGGCAGAUGGCACAAGCGACCUACUUCCGAACCUCAAAAGGCUCGAUUUAUACAACUGUGGGAGGGAGGGUCCACCUGAGGAUUGGUUUGUUGAAUUGACUAGACUGCGUCCAUCACUCGUGAUUAACUGCUCCAGACGAUUUGGAACAGUCUGGCCCAAAUCCGA